AUGAUUGGAAUCAAUUAUUACCCCAAAGAUCGACAUCUUAAUGGCAGUGUCGACGACGUUAGUGACAUCAGGGCCUAUCUAGAGCAGCACAGCGCUACGGCAAUUCACACAUCCGUGCUCACAGCCACUGUACCGAAGGAUCAUCAAUCCACUAAAGAUCCACCAGAGACGCCCGAUGAGAGGCCAACCAGGGCAAAUGUUUUGAAGCAGCUUCGCUUAAUCAUUGAUUCUGCGAAACCCGGCGAUCACGUCUAUAUCCACUUCUCAGGGCACGGUGCUCAAUUGCCAUCAGACGGCAGCGUUGGCGAAACUGGUUUCGGCGAGCUAGGUCUUGUUCUUUACGAAAAUGGGGAGCAUGGUGCUAGCUAUUUUCGCGGGCGCUUUUUAGCCCAGGCUCUCAAGAGAAUGGUCGACAAAGGUCUCGUUGUCACUGUCGCGCUGGACUGCUGCUUCUCAGGCGCCGUCAGUCGAGGCGAUCGAGUACGGGCUAUGGAAUACGACGCGUCGCUGGAUGCCGACAGAGCUGAACAAGAGCAAGAAUGCAAAGACGCCCUAGGAAUCCCCGAUCGCGAUGCAAGGAUUGGUAGAGAUUGGCUUGUCAAUCCCGAGGGUUACACAAUAAUCACGGCUUGUGGUCCCCACGAAAAGGCCAUGGAAGUUCUUGUCAACAAGACCCAGAAACGAGGCGCCCUCACUUAUCACCUUCUCAAAGCCCUUACGACCUUGGCAAAAGUGAAAGAGGUUGUGUCGCACCAAUCGCUCCACGAAACGGUUGUUUCUCUGAUGCAAGCGUCAGGCUGUAGUCAGACGCCAAUGCGCUACGGCAAUACUCACCUCUCCUUCUUUGGGACACUUCUAGCCCCAGUCUCGCUCACUUCCUUGCCGGUAUGCAAGAUAGAAGGUUCAAGGAUUUUUAUAAAGGCGGGACGAGUCCAUGGCAUCUCAAUCGGAGACGAGUUCACUGUUCAGAACAGUCUUUCAGCUACCUCGAGCCGGACUUCUCAUUCGAGGGUCAAGUUCAGAGUCUCUAAUGUUUGGGCUUUCGAAUCCGAAUUGACAGUUGCUCAAGCCAGAAAAGCAACGCCACCAGCCUUCCCCUUUAGUAUGAAAGAUCUAGAGACCUUGAAUGCCACACAGUUAUCGACUGUUUCAUCGCAACGCAUCAGGGUAUGGCUUCCAGCAGAGUUGCUACGAAAUACAGAGCUGGAAGAUAAGCCAAAGGUGUUACGUUACUUCGAGACUAUUACAGACAAAGAAGAAAGGGGUCUUUGUAUGUUUGAACUGAACAUCAACAAAUUGAACAAAUACGAAAUUGUCGGUGAAGCUCAAGGGAGCAUGCUUCAGCUACCAACACUCGACGCUAGCUUAGACGAUUCGUUUCCCAAAAUGAUGGAAACUAUUCAGCAUGCUGCAACGUUCAAGUUCUUCGAGGGCUUGGCCAAUUUAAUUCCAUCUACAGAGCUCAGAGCAAAGUACACGCUCAAGCCAGUAGUGGACUCCUCCACAAAUGGAGUCUUUAAAAUUUCAGACGGUGAGACCUUUGGAUUCACUAUCGAGAACCAUGCGACCCACCCUCUAUACAUGGCCGUCUUUGACUUUUCUCCUUCUUGGGCUGUAAGCAACCUGAUAUCAGCUUCAGGAGGAGGCGACUAUAUCCUUGUCCCACCACCUCAUGGCCCAAACCUCGGCAUGAAGGAGAUGAAAUUAAAGAUGACAGUUCCAAGCCAUCUGAGUUUGCAGGGCCAGGCUCGAGAUGUCAUCAAGGUCUUUAUCACAGACAAGCCGGUUUCUUUUCCGGGGAUGGUUUUGCCAGGACUGGAUGUCAAGUCAAAUUUCAGGAACUCUUCUGCAAGCGCAGAUAUUCUCUCUGACCUCAUUAAGCAGUUGAGUACUGGGGGAAGGAUGAGGAGUGCUGGAAAUAAGGGGACGUGGAUAACGCACAAUUUCGUAGUUUGGACUUCUACUAACUAA